AUGACCCCCUCCCUAACAGAAAGAUUCCGAGCCUUAAUCUACACCGUCCUCCAGGAAUACUAUGAUUUUAUCUUAUUUUGGACUGACAUAGUCGUCUACACUCUCAAUAUUGUCGUUCUGGCGACGCUGGACUCUUCAACCUGCCCCGUGCCCAGACUCCAAAUGUCGGCAGAUGGCGCACGCCUCGCCGUCAACCUCCUUGUAUACUGCUUCUUGAUGCCCUCUCCCCCUGGACGAUCAUCCCAGCAGGGUGGGCAGCAACCCCUGGUGCUGGGAAUGACGACGUUGCAACAGUUCAAGAUAGCUUCCGUGGUCAUCUUCACUCUUUUUGGUUUCGCCGUGCUGGUGCUGCAAAUAGCACACACAGCCUCAGUGGAGAGACAUGAAGCAUGUCUGGCCGCAAUACUGUGCCCAGAAUCCUUCGACAAGCCACCCUGUACGGGGGUUCAGGGCCAGUUGUGUAAAAAUCCCUCUGUCAAUCCGGCUCAAGCGCUCAUCAAGGACAACAUUGGCGCGGAGACAAUUGAUGGGGGGUACCGAUUCGACUUCGACGCUGACGUGGACCCUCAGCCGAGCAGCACGAGCGACUUCGUCGUCGUUGGCGGCUGCAAUUGGACCUACCUCACGGUCCUUGAUGUGUAA